UACAUGACAUUUUAUGUUUAUGUCAAUAAUACAUAACCUCAUUUAUUUUCCGCGUUUUUCGUAAACCGUUAUUGCAUGAAAUAGAGUUUUCAAAAUGGAUUUCUUAGAGUAUUCCGAUAUACAAGCGGAAAUAAAAGGAUUAAUGACUCCUGGUAAAUUAAAAAUGACCGAUCAAAACAUAGUUUUUAAAAACAGUAAAACGGGUAAAGUGGAGCAAAUACCCGCUACAGAAAUGGAUGUUGUGAAUUUCCAAAACUUUGUUGGUACAUGGGGGUUACGUAUAUUUUUGAAAAAUGGUUCCCUUCAUCGUUACGCCGGCUUCAAAGACUCAGAAAAAGAAAAGAUUGCGAAAUAUUUUACGUCAAUGUAUAAGAUUGAUAUGUUAGAGAAGGAGCUUAGUUUAAAAGGAUGGAAUUGGGGUAUUGCUAAGUUUAAUGGCUCCGUACUUGGCUUUGAUAUCGAUGAUAAAACAGCUUUUGAAAUUCCGUUAAAUCACGUUUCGCAAUGUAUCACUGGAAAGAAUGAAAUUACGAUGGAAUUUCAUCAAAAUGAUGAUGCUCCUGUUAGUUUAAUGGAAAUGAGAUUUUUUAUACCUUCAAAUGAAUUAGCUGGUGAUUUAGAUCCUGUUGAAGCGUUCCAAAAACAAGUUAUGAACAAAGCUAGUGUUAUCAGUGUCUCUGGGGAUGCUAUAGCUAUAUUCAGAGAAAUUCAAUGUCUCACACCACGUGGCCGAUACGACAUCAAAAUUUUCCAAACUUUCUUUCAAUUACACGGGAAAACGUUUGACUAUAAAAUUCCUAUGUCAACUGUGUUACGUUUAUUCUUAUUACCACACAAAGAUAGUCGACAAAUGUUUUUCGUGAUAAGUUUAGAUCCUCCAAUAAAACAAGGCCAAACUCGUUAUCAUUUUUUGGUUCUCCUUUUUGGAAUGGAGGAUGAAACAUCCAUUGAAUUACCUUUUACCGAUGAAGAAUUAAAAGAUAAAUAUGAGGGUAAAUUAGAAAAAGAACUAUCCGGGCCUACAUUUGACGUCUUAGGUCGCGUUAUGAAAACAAUUAUUAAUCGAAAAAUAACCGGAACGGGGGGUUUUAUUGGUCACUCAGGAACUCCCGCUGUGGGUUGUUCAUUUAAAGCAGCCGCCGGGUAUUUAUACCCAUUAGAAAGGGGUUUCAUUUACGUUCAUAAACCACCUCUCCACAUACGAUUCGAAGAAAUCGCAACAGUUAACUUUGCGAGAAGUGGUGGAUCAACGAGAUCGUUCGAUUUUGAAAUUGAGUUAAAAUCUGGCACGAAUCACACUUUUAGCAGCAUUGAAAAAGAGGAGUACGGAAAAUUAUUUGAUUUCAUAACAUCAAAAAAACUCCACGUCAAAAAUCGUGGUAAAAACGACAAAGCGAAUUAUAAAGAUGAUUUCGGCGAUUCUGAUAAUGAAAAUGAACCCGACGCUUACUUAGAAAGAGUUAAAGCGGAGGCUCAAGAACGCGAUCAAGAUGAUGAUGGUGGAAGUGAAGAAAGUACCGAUGAAGAUUUCAAUCCGAACCAAGAAGAAAGUGAUGUUGCUGAAGAAUACGAUUCUAAUCACAGCGGGACAAGUUCUUCUGAAGAAGGCGGAUCCGGCGGUGAUGAUAAAAAACGCGAAAAGAAACAUAAAAAGGAGAAGAAAACGAAGACAAUUUCAGAAAAACCAAGAAAGAAACGCGGUAGUAAAAAAGAACGCGAUGCUAAUAAACCAAAAAGAGCACCAUCGGCUUACAUGUUAUGGUUAAACGAAAACCGCGAAAAAAUAAAAUCUCAAAAUCCUGGAAUUUCCGUUAUUGAAAUUGCGAAAAAAGGUGGUGAAAUGUGGAAAGAAAUUAAAGAUAAAAGUGAGUGGGAUAAAAAAGCUUUAAAAGCUAAAGAAGAAUAUCAAAAGGCGAUUAAAGAAUAUAAAGAAUCUGGUGGUGGAUCUACUCUUAAUAAAGAUAGUAAUAAAGAUAAAGAUAAAAAAUCUGCAACCAAAAAGAAACCUACAUCUACCGUAACAGUUUCGCCACCGAAAAGCGGAUUUAAAAGCAAGGAAUACAUUGAAAGCGAUGGAAGUAGUUCGUCUGAUGGCGAAAAGAAAAAGUCGAAGGAUAAAUCAAAAAGGAAAAGUUCUGAUAAAGAAAGUAAGGGCGAUAGGGACAAGAAAAAAAGUAAAUCCAAAAAACAGUCUGAUGAUGACGAUGAAGAAGAAGCUGAAAGUACUCCAGCUUCAAGUGGGGGAUCUGGAUCUGAAAGUGAAAUGGAUGUUGAUUGAAACAGUUCGAUUGAACAUUUAAUUUUGUAAUUUGAUUAAUGGUUACUUACAUUAUUUUUUUAGAAUAAUAGUUAUUUACAUUGUUUUAAAAUAAGUAUUUUCUUGUCAAAUAUAUGUUAAUUUUGAGUAAUAA